CCCCGGACAGACCGGGACUAGACCGGGAGGGCAGCCCCGGACAGACCGGGACUAGACCGGGAGGGCAGCCCCGGACAGACCGGGAGGACAGACCGGGACUAGACCGGGAGGGCAGCCCCGGACAGACCGGGACUAGACCGGGAGGGCAGACCGGGACUAGACCGGGAGGGCAGCCCCGGACAGACCGGGACUAGACCGGGAGGGCAGACCGGGACUAGACCGGGAGGGCAGCCCCGGACAGACCGGGACUAGACCGGGAGGGCAACCCCGGACAGACCGGGAGGACAGACCGGGACUAGACCGGGAGGGCAGCCCCGGACAGACCGGGACUAGACCGGGAGGACAGACCGGGACUAGACCGGAUAAAGGACUAGGACGGGCCGGGAGUAUUUGAAGACCAGAACCAGACUAAGAGCGGGGCUGAACCUGGGUAAAAUCGGGACAAGUGGCCCCGAAAGGGAACAAGAAGAGAGCGGCUCAGUGUCGGGGUCCAGACCUGGACAGUCUGGGAUAGACCGGGACAGGGGCCGCUGUUCCCCGCCCCCCGGGGGCCAUGCUACAGAACCCAGCCGCUGCCGCUCCUCCUGAACCCAACAGCUCUUCGUCGUCACCGGCGGGCAGCCUGCAGCCAGCGGCUCCGGGCACGGGCCCAGGCCCGGGCCCCCAAGCAGCCGCCGCUGCAGUUCUGGUGUCCCGGGACAGAGAGGCCCCACUGCCAGGGCCCCCUUACAGCUGCUCGGAGCCCAGCAGCGACGAGGACGAGGAGCUGGUGGUGGCUCCGGCCCCGGCCCCGGUCCCUCUUGAUAGACGGGGGGUCAAGAGGCGUCUCUCCGACCUGGAGGCGGCGGCCGCGGCGGGCCUGGCAGGUGUGAGCGGACACGGCCCGGGGCUAGAGCCUGGUCCCGGGGGCCUAGCGGCGACUGGAGGCUAUGGGGCUACCUCAGCCCCAGGAGGGACUGCACCAGGAGCCGGACUAAAACCUGGCAAGAAAACCAGGGGGAGAGUGAAGAUUAAAAUGGAAUUUAUCGAUAACAAACUGAGGAGGUACACGACCUUCAGUAAGAGGAAGACCGGCAUCAUGAAGAAGGCCUAUGAACUCUCCACACUGACGGGUACCCAGGUGCUGCUGCUGGUAGCUAGUGAGACAGGACAUGUAUAUACCUUCGCCACAAGAAAACUUCAGCCUAUGAUUACCAGUGAGACAGGGAAGGCAUUGAUCCAGACCUGUUUAAAUUCUCCUGAUUCACCACCGCGUUCUGAUCCCACGACUGAUCAGAGGAUGAGUGCCACAGGAUUUGAGGAAACCGAUCUGACAUAUCAGGUAUCGGAGACUGACAGCAGCGGGGAAAAUAAGGACAACUUGAAACCAACAACAUUCACAGUGGCCAAUGUUCCAGGAUCCACAGGCGUCAAUCAAUCAGCUUCAAACACUUCGACUAAUCUCCAGGUCAGCACGGGUCACAACUUUCCUAUCACCAACUACCUUGCACCUGUCACCGCCAUCUCCAAUAGCAACGGCGCCGUCUUCAAAUCAACUGGUACAGGCACCUCUGGCAGCAUGGUGCAGCUCCCGAGUGGAUUCACUAUCAUGUCAGGUACAGCACUGCAAGGCACACCAACCAUCCCGAUUGGUCAGCUCCAGCAACAUUCCCUGGCCAUCCAGGGUCAACAGGGUCAGGUGGUGACCAGUCAGUCACAACAAGGACAGCAGACGGUCUUUCGCUUCCCAGCAUCUGCAGGCGGACAAAUAGUCUCCAUUGCAGGUGGUGCAAUGGCCCAACAGGUUCCUGUGCAGACGAUUCAGUUACACCAAGCCUCCGGGCAGGUGAGCGUGCACCAGUCUACGCAACACACGCCAUCUACCAGCGACAGCAACUCCGAGAUUUCUCAGGCCUCCACCAGCGGAGCAAUGACACUGCCAGCAACCAUCGUCACGUCGUCUGUACCCACCUCGAUGGCCAGUCACGUGAUGUACCCCAGCCCACAUGGUACGGUCAUGUACACGACCUCCAGUCCCGGCCUGUCUGAUGGCGGACUCACAGUUCUCAACGCCUUUUCUCAGCCUUCUUCGGGUAUGCAGGUCUCUCACGGCCAGAUGCAAGAGCAGGGUGGUGUUCCUCAGGUUGUGCUCACUGCUCCCACAGGAACAGUUCAAAUCCCAUUGUCAGCUGUCCAGCUACACCAGAUGGCAGUCAUUGGGCAGCAGUCAUGCACUGGCAGCCUGACUGAGCUUCAGGUGAGCAGCCUGGAGACCACACACAGCAACAAGCUGGCUCAGAACGAUUAACCCUUCAUAUCUAGGACUGAGAGAAGCGGCAUCUAUUUAAAAAGGAAACUGAGCGCCAUAUUUAUUUAUUUUCUCCCCUCACCCUUCACCCCUGUUUUAUUCAGAAAGAUUGGAUGGAACAUUUUCUAAAUCAAUGUGAAAUUACCGAUGGCCUAAGGAUUAUCUUUUACACAAUUCAAAGCGAUUUGCACGCUGUGGACCCAUAUCAAACCAAACCCAGCCAAAAUUUAACACUGUUGUGACAGUUUUGUAAAGACCUGAAAUCAUUCUUCUACCUGUCCCUUGGAGGACGAAGUCAGCAUUGACAUUUUGUUCUAAACAUGUCUGGUUUUGUCAUUGCUCCAGUUUUAGCUGUGAUGCUUUAGCUUGGUUUGGAGUGGAAUGGGACGGGGCAGGGUGCAUGUGGACAGACACAGGAGUCUGCCUAAGCUGUAUGCUGGCUUCAACCCUUGGUGAUGUCUGUGCUUCGAUCUUGUUUUGAAAGUCAAAGGAUAUCAUGGCAUUAAUUUUCCAUAUCUGUUUCUCCAACAAUUCUUUUGUGAUUAUAUUUGUACUGAAAACAAAAUUGUUGGAGGUGUGUGUGUGUGUGUAUAUGCAUGUGUAUAUUAUACAUGUGUGUAAUAUGUAGGUACAGUAUAUACACCCAUAUAUAAUGUGUUGCUCAUAUGCACACACAAAACGUUUAGUAUUUAGAAAGUUUUUUUUAAUGAAGUCUAUAUGAAACGUGAUCCAAGUUUAAUUAAUUGAUUUAUUAGAGUGGCCUUUGGAGGGAGAACACCAUAAGUGACUUCACUCAUGACUCUGCACUAAGGGAGCAAACAUUCGGUCAAAAAGGUUUCUGCUCUUGAAUGUUGUCCAGUUCCCCCCACCUGCCCCAAGGUCACGUGUGCAUAUUACGAUUACAAUUGGCCUUGCUGCCCUGUUUGGGUGGGGGUGGGGGAGGUGGUCAGGAUUGGCCGUGCUGCCCUCACUGGGAGCGGAUCAGAAUCAGGAAUGUCUGUGAUAAAAAUAGAAGUUGCUGGAAAAUCACUGCAGGUUUGUCAGUGUCUGUGGAGAGAGAAACAGAGUUUAACAUUUCAAGUCUUGUUCUGAAGAAGUCACAUUGGACUCAACAUUAACUCUAAUUAUCUCUCCACAGAUGAUAUCUGACCCACUGAGUUGCUCCAACAAUUUCUGUUUUUAGUGGCUGCAUGAUUCUCAGUUUUGGACAAGAUUGGGUUUGUUUGUCCUUUGGCUACAUUUGGCCCGUUCAAACUCUUUCCACCCUCUGUCAUUCAAAUUUGAAUAUUAACCACACAUCUAGGGAGAACAAGAUAAAACAGGGAUGGGGCGUGGUGUAGGAGUAGCAGGGUUGGUAGUGAAAAGAUGUGGGGAGUUUGCUGUUUUAUAUGAGCAGCUUUUUGGGAGCAUUAGGAAUUGGGUUGUUUCUUUUAAAGAUUGUUAUGUUAAUUUGAAUAACACUGUGGCCUUUCUCCUGUAGAAGAUGAUAACCCAAAGAAUUCUACUGGAUAGGCUUAGGCUGUGAUAAAAUUGCACCCUGGUCCAGAUCGCAGUCCAGUGAUUGGGGAUGAGUGUUGUUCCUGAUCCUGAUCUUUGGCCAGUGCUUCUUGCUCAGAAAGAGACUAGGAUUAAACAGGAUCAUGUGCUUGGAUACUUCAAACCCCAAAUUACUCCCUCUUCUUCACUUUUCAAGUAUAUGACUGUCUUCUUGUGGAGUUUAGAACUGCAGAUGCUGUAAGUCAGAAACAAAAACUGAAAUUGCUGAAAAAGCUCAACAAGUCUGGCAGCAUCUGUGCAGAGAAAUCAGAGUUAAUGUUUCGGGUCAGGUGACUGGAAGUUCUGAGGAAGGGUCACUGGAUCUGAAACAUUAACUCUGAUUUCUCUUUCUAAAGAUGCUGCCAAACCCGCUGAGCUUUUUCAGCGACUUCUGUUUUAGUCUUUGUGGAGUUGUUGUCCAGUGAAUGGCUGCAUCUCCCAGAGGACAGGUCGACAGUUCCACUGACUCAUGAAGGUAUUGGUGCUGAAUGUGUAGGAACUGAGUGUGAGGGAGGUUAGCUACUUGCCAAAUCACAUUUCCUCUGAUCUGAAACACGGCAACGGAUCAUUUGUUUUUGGCUUGCCAGUCAAUCUGGUUUUAUUAAGUCAGAAAUUACACAACACUAGGUUAUAUCCAACAGGUUUAUUGAAAAUCACAAGUUUUCGCAAUGCUGCUCCUUCAUCAGGCUCCUUCAUUAAAUGACUUCACUUGACAAAGGAGCAGUGCUGCGAAAGCUUUGUCCACCAGCACCUCCGCGUCAUGUUUUACUAACAUCAAGGUGAUUGGUAGCAAUCAUGAUUUGGAGAUGCCGGUGUUGGAUUGGGGUGUACAAAGUUAAAAAUCACACAACACCAGGUUAUAGUCCAAAGGUUUAUUUGGAACGCUGCUCCUUCAUCAGGUGGUAGUGGAGUAUAAGCUCGUAAGACACAGAAUUUAUAGCAAAGGUCAUGUAACUGAAAUUAAAUAUUGAAAAAGACAUAGUUUGCUUGUCAAGUCUUACAUCUUUUAGAAUGACC